UUUUGAUCUAUUCAACCCAAUUCUUAUUUGAACUCUCGUUGAGCGAGUGUAAACGUCUAUCUUUUUCUUCUCCCCGCCGUUCCUCGCAUCUCUUCUUUUUUUCCCGACACCCUAUAUACUUCGCUCAUCCACGAUGCUUCGAAAACUUGCCCAACUCCUCCCUGCCCUCGCUAUCUCCACUCUCGUCUCAGCUCAUGGUUAUGUACAGCAGGUGACGAUCGACGGCACCGUCUACAUGGGCAAUAACUUGAAUGUGGAAACCCCUGCACCUUCUAUCAUCCGUCUUGUGAAUACGAACAGUCCCGUUAAGGGUGCUGAAAACCCGUACAUCAACUGCGGGCAAGACGCUCAGUUCGCUUCCCUGGCAGGAAAUGCGAACCCUGGCUCCCAGCUUGAGAUUCUAUGGGUCGGCGGAACAGAUGGCUCAUCCAACUGGCCGCAUAACACAGGUCCGCUGAUGCACUACAUGACCAAGUGCGACGGCUCUUGCUCCACGUACAACUCGACGAACUCCGAGUGGUUCAAGAUCUCUGAACUUGGUCUCGAGGCGGACGGCAAUACCUGGUAUCAGGCAAACUUGAAUUCUCGAGCUCCUGCGAACGUGACGAUCCCGAGCACUCUCGCACCCGGAAAUUAUUUGCUUCGCUCGGAGAUUAUCUCCCUCCAACUUGCAAUGUCUCCAGGAGGCGCUGAGUUUUACCCUGCGUGCAUUCAACUUCAAGUCGGUGGUUCUCAAACUCAGGGCCCGACGUCGAGCGAGGAGUGCUUGUUCCCUGGUUGUUACAGUGAUGACGGUCCCGGUAUCCUAACACCAGACAUCUACAACCCUCCCAUUCAGUACACGUUCCCCGGCCCUCCUGUCGCAAGCUUCGUGGACGCCGGCUCAAGUUCUGCUGCGCCUUCUUCCACCGGCUCUGUAUCGGGUUCCUCAGCAGGGACUACAUCAACCUUCGCCAACGGCCCUUCCUCCACCAUUAUCGCGUCAUCCACCCCAAGUCCAACGGUGACAGGGCAGUGCAUGCUUAGUGGCCGUUCCGUCAAUGAGGGUGUUGUCAAGCGAGACAGCAGGAACAAGCGGACGCACAAAUGGAGACUUGUCCGUUCGCACUAAAUGCGAAUAUGAACCGGCGAGGGUGGGCUUGACGUCCCCCUCCCUCAUGGUUAUCAUAUAACAAGGUUUGACACCUCGUGGCACUGCGUGCUGCAUCACGAUAUCAUUGAUUCGGUUAUCCACAUACACAAUCAUUUUUAACUCACUCACUCACGUUCACUCUCCCUUCGGCUCCUUUGGAGCGAGCCACUCUCUG